AAUUAAACACCCAGUAGAUAAAAUAUCUGGGAAAGUUUGUCAUAUUAUUGACCAAAUACAUAUUUAUAUGCCAUUUAUACAUUAUUAGGUUAAAAUGGCACAUCAAUAUACCGACCUUUUCAAUAUGGACGAUGGAACAAUUUACACACAAAGACCUGCACAUAACAGCAACUUAUAUAACAACAACAAUGAAAUACAAUUAACAGAGAUUCUUAAACUUUUGCAUGACGUCUAUGGAAAAGUUAGUGAAUUAACAACAAAAGUCGAUCGCCUCAAUAUGGAAAUGAUUUCUGUAAGGAACGAGGUUACUUCCAUAAAAGCUAAAGUUUACGGAGAAAUAUCCAUUGAGCGUGAAAUAGUUCCUCGCUCUCCUUUCUCAACUUUAGAAGAAAUUAAUAACCUUGAAGAAAAACUUAAGAACGAAGAAGUAUUUAAAAAAUUUGUUCAUGAAAUUUGCACCAAUGGAGAGAAGUCGUACGAUAAAUUUAUAAGAAGCUCGUGGCGGUCAUUGUUUGAAGACACGUUAGCGCAGCAGUUUUCAUGGCGUGGGACAGGGGCAAAAAAAUGCAUAAGAGGGAUGAAUUUGGCCUUGGCAAUUUGA